CGGUUUCGAUUUUAGAAAAACUUGUAGUUGCAACACGUAAGUUCAACAAGCCGGUUACAUCUCACAACUGUGGUUAUAAUGGCCAGUACUGCUUCACCACACUGGGAAGUUGUUGGAAAGGGUAAGAAGAGCAAGAUUCCAACGCCUGUCAGUCGCGGUGAAAGGAAAAAAAUCGUCGAUGGGAUGCCGAAAGCGGACAACCACGUUCCAGCUUUAAAGGAAUCUAGCACUCUGUUUAAUGUGUUUCUGGAAAAGGAGAAAAAACAACAGCAGGCCAAUGUACAAGCCAAAGCAGAGGCAAAAGACGCAAGCAAAGCCAAUGGAUUUGCCAAUGCUGGAAAAAAGACAGUUCAGCCAAAGAAAAAAAUGCAAAAGACAGAACCAGAGAAAAAGAAGCCAGCUGACUUUUUGGCAGCAGUGGCUGAGAUAAAGAAGGAUGAUCUGGAAGCUGCCUUGAUGAUUACAAAAUCUAGUUUUCCUGGAAAUAUAGAGGUCUGGUUAAAAGAUUUGGCUUCACUGUUGAACAUCAAACUUGAACAAUGUCCUGAACCUGAUCCAAUCAUGAAGAAUAAGCCCAGGGAUUAUCCUCUGUGUCAUCUAAGUAACAAAUGUCAGGAUGUGAUCAAAUCUGUAAUAAGAGAGGCUUCAGCAGAAACUCUGGAGCACCUGCUGUACCAUAGUAUAACCACUAUGCUGUCAGAAAUGAACAAAGGCAACUCCAGCUAUGGAUACAGAAUUUUUAUCCAGUUGUUGGUGUACACAAAGCCAAACAUUGCUCUGACAAAGACCCAGCAGUACCUGGAAUUGCUGACCACUCAUCAGAACAAACUGCCCAGGUGUCUGUCCAUUCUCUGGUGUCUUGGAGUGUGUGGUAACAAGGACUUCAGGAGUGGGCUCAGAGUUUGGAUGGAAGUAAUGAUGCCCAUGUUGAAAGUUAGACCUGUGGCCCCUUACUGUGUGGACUAUCUGGAGGAGCUCUUCCAGACCCAUACAGACAUGAAGAAGCUGUCUGGGGAAAUGUCAUUGAAGGAGUACUUUUUCCUGGUAGACAUGAUCUUCAGUGACCAGAAUCUGCCAAAAGAUCUUGCCAAGAAACUGCAGACUCUCUACCCAAAGCUCAAGAAAAUAGCCCUGGCCAAUGACAAGUCACAUGGUUUGAGGCAGGUUUUCCCAUCCUACCUAACCAGGGUCACACCAGGAAGUAGCAGAACCAUGAAAUCAGAGAUUUUACCAAGCUUAGUGGACUGCCUUGCGUCUGAUAAACAAUGCUUUGCUGUGUGGUGUCAGAUGUACACAAAACAGCUUCCGCAGUCAAGUGUCCUGUUGAAUUACCUGGCACAGAACUGGGAUAAGGUUGGCUCUAAAAUUGACAAGAAGCUGUUCCAGAACACUCUGAGGUCCUUUUCUAUCACGAAUGAGGAACUGGCUACCCAGGGCAGAAACAGUAUUGAUGGUUAUCAGGAGUGUGUUACUGUUUGUAAGGAAUUGCUUCAGAAGAUGGAGCAGACACACUUCCCUUGGUUCUGGGUUGUUUUCCUGUUGAUCGGCACACUGUCUGCAAUAGUUGCAUAUGACAUUUACUCCAGCAAGACUUUAAGAGCUUCGAGAACUGUUAGGUUCCUCGAGGAUUAUGGGAUUUUAGCUUUCACAGAACAAGUAUGGAGCAAGCUGUCUCAUUACACAGUGAUGACAUUCAGCUGGCUGAAAGUUAAUGUUCCCUUGUUUGCUGAGAAAGCUAUCAACACCAUCUCACCAUAUGUUGCUGUUGGAUGGUCAAAGGUCAAAUUUGGGGCCUACUAUGUUUGGGAAGUUAGUACCCCACAACGAGAAUGGCUGUACAUCAAACUACUUCAAUUAACUGAGCAGGUUUAUUCCUUAUCACCUCAGCUGUGGUCUGAUCUCAGCCAUCAUCUUUUAUUAACCUGGGAUUUCUUACGGGACAAAACAUAUCUUAUAUGGACCAGUGCGGUCCAAUUCUUUUUCACAUCUUAUAAAUGGAUUGAAAAAGAGGUUUUAUUAGGUCAGUAUACUCCAGAAGUUUUGCAGCAAGUCUUUCGGACUCUAAUUUCCUUUGUUCAGGAUUCAGCAGUUCUUGUUACACAGUGGUGUUCAAAUUUAUUCCUAGUCUCACAAGGGAAGUAACUUGUCUCUAAGAAAAUGCCUCUGGAAUCUCAGGAUAUAAAGACCGUAAAGUGCAACGCUAACAUCCAUAAGCACAUUGAACUGAAAUUAAAACAGAGAUUUUUAUAGUAUACAUGUAUCUGCUUGGACAAGAGCCUUAUCAAUUUGAGUUUGGUUGUAAUUCAUAACCCACCUGUAAGUGAUACAAGUCUCCUUAAAUCAUGUCAAAUUUCACGAAAUGUCUCACACUUUGUUGUUUAAAUAAUAUUUUAUAUGACAGUACCCUCUUGAAAUAAAUUUAUGUUAUUUAUAGCCAAAUAUAUCAUCAGCCAAAGAAAUUAAAAUUAUUGAUAAGAA